CACCCGACCCUUCAGUCGGCGUCUAUCAAUGGCGGCAAAACCAGAGGAAGAAGAAGCUGUAAGGCUAAAAACCCUAGCUGAAGAAAAAUACAAACAAUCAGAACUAGAAUCAGCGUUAGAAUACGCGAAACAAGCAGAAUCUCUGAAUCAAAACCUCGACGGAAUCAGUGAAUUAGUAACUACAUAUAGCAUUCUCCAAGAGGCAUCAUCAUCAUCACCAACACCAAAUUGGUACAAAAUCCUCCAGGUAGAAUCUUUUUCUCAUAUAAAUAUUAUCAAGAAACAGUAUAGAAAACUUGCCCUAACUCUCCAUCCAGAUAAAAAUCCAUCUUGUUCGGCUUCUGAAGAAGCAUUUAAACAUGUUAGUGAAGCAUUUAGGUUACUUUCAGAUAAAAAUAGGAAGAAAGAUUUUGAUGUUAAGCUUAAAAUUGCUAUGCAAUCGGCAGCCGUUUCAAGUAAUGGUACUCAUGAUGAUGGAGCUGAGAAAGUUGAUAUGUUUGAAGCAAAAUGUUCGAGUUGUAAAUCAGUUCAUCAAUUUGAGAGGAGGAAGUUUAUUGGUCAGAGUUUAGUUUGCCCUAGAUGUGAAAAGAGUUUUGUAGCUGAAGAAAUGAGGGUUAAUGAUGGUAAAUUGGAUGUUGAUGAUGAAACUAGGGUUGCGGUGGUGGAUAGGAGUCGGAGAAAGCGUAAAGCUACUAUUACUGAUUUCUUGGAUAGGAUAGGAUUAACAUCGAAAGUACCUAAGAAGAAGGUGAAAUUCGCUGACGAAAUGACUUUGUCGGAAAUGCAAAUAGAAGCCAAGCGUAAAAAUGAGGAGGGAACGGUAGGAACGGAUAAAGACACGGGGAAGGAGAAGGAGAAAACGUUGAAAGUGAAGGAAAUGAUGGAUAAAGGGGAAAAGGAGAAAAUGACAUUGAAAGAAAUGGCAGAGAACAUCGAGAAGAAGAAGAAGAUGGACGCAGUGCAGAACGCAGAAAAGGUGAAUGAGAAGACUAUGACAUUGAAGGAUAUGUUGAAGAAAAUGGAGGAGGAGAAAGAGCAGAAGAUGAAGCUAGUGGAAAACGCUGGAAAGUUGAAAGAGAAAAAGGUGAAAAAAGUGAAAGACAUAACGGAGAUAUUGGGGACGGAGAAAGCAAUGACAUUGAAGGAAAUGCUGGGAGACAUUGAGAAGAAAAAGGAAAAGAAGACCAAAACAGUGGAAACCACGGAAAAAGACACAGCGAAAGAAGGAGAAACGUUAAAAGAGAAAACGCUGACAUUGAAAGAAAUGGUGGAGAAACUGGGAAAGGCCAAGGGGAAAGAAUCGAAAGAUAAGACGGAGGAACCAGAAAAGGCCAAGGACGAAGACAAAGUGGAGAAGAAAAGUAAGGGAAAAAAGAAAGGGAAGGAGAAGAAGAAUAAAAAGAAGAAAGAGAAGGGAAAGGAAAGGGAAGAGAGAGUUGUUGUUGCAGUUUCUGAGAGAAGUAAUGUUGUUGCAGUUUCUGAGAGAAGUAAUGAUCUUGAAGCUAUGGCAGUGGAAGAUUCGGAUUUUUAUAGCUUUGAUAAGGAUAGGUCAGAGCGCUGUUUUAAGAAAUGUCAAAUAUGGGCUGCUUAUGGUGAUGAUGAUGGAAUGCCUCGGCAUUAUGGUUUAGUGGAUGAAAUUAUCUCGUUAAAUCCAUUUAAGGUGAAAGUGAGUUGGUUAGACUUGCAAGGAAAAGGAGACAAUGUAUCGUCAUCCUUGGAAGGAUCAGGUUGUCAGAUUUCAUGCGGCAAGUUUAAGGUUGACGGGAAGACUGUUGUGAAUUCUGUGAAUAUCUUCUCUCAUAUUGUAGAAUGUGAAAGGGUGGCUAGAGAGAUUUACAUGAUUUACCCAAAAAAGGGUUCAGUCUGGGCACUUUAUGGGGGUUCAGAUAGACAUGAUUUAAACCAAAUGAAUGUAGUUAAUGGAUGUUAUGAUAUAGUUGUAAUUCUCACUAAUUAUAGUGAGAUGCAUGGUUUGAGUGUAGCAUAUCUUGAUAAGGUUAAAUGGUUCAAGACGAUUUUUGAGAGACGUGAAAUCGGUGGUCAUGCUGUUAGGUGGCUUGAGAAAGACAAUGUUCGACUAUUUUCUCAUCAGAUUCCUUCAAGGAAGCUCUUGGGGACAGAGGCUCCAGGCCUUCCAAAAGAUUGUUGGGAGCUUGACCCUGCUGCACUUCCUCAAGAUUUACUUGUUGUCGAGAAAGAGUACUUGCUUGGAGCAGCUUGACUUAUCUUGAAUUUGCUUCCUGUCUUUUCAGGUUUGAUUUCAAACAUGUUUCAGUUGUUAUAACUGUCUCCCUAAGUAAGUUAGCUACAUGGUUUUUGACAUCAGAACUAUCAGUGUAGUACUGCUACUGUUAAUUACAAGUGUAGUGUAAUUAUAAGAAACUAUCAGACACGUCCAUUCCAAGUGCGUGCGUCUGUGAGUUUUAUCACGAGAUAUGCAUUUUAUGUGCAAUGUGAAAUUGGAUACUUAUGAUUUUUGCUAGUUUUCAA